AUGGCGGCCGCAGCAGUGGUUGAGUUUCAGAGAGCCCAGUCUCUCAUCAGCACGGACAGCAACGCAUCGAUCGACAUUCUCCACUCGAUAGUGAGGAGAGAUGUCCAAGAGAACGAUGAGGAAGCCGUCCGGGUUAAAGAGCAGAGCAUCCUGGAGCUGGGGUCACUCCUGGCCAAGACGGGACAGGCUGCAGAACUAGGGGGACUGCUGAAAUUUGUGAGGCCUUUUCUGAUUUCUAUCAGCAAGGCCAAGGCGGCCCGGCUGGUCCGUUCUCUGCUGGACCUGUUUCUUGACAUGGAGGCAGCAACGGGCCAGGAGGUUGAGCUGUGUCUCGAAUGCAUCGAGUGGGCCAAGGCCGAGAAGAGAACCUUCCUACGACAGGCGCUGGAGGGGCGGCUGAUCGCGCUCUAUUUCGACACCAAAAGAUACCAGGAGGCCUUGGCGCUUGGCACCCAGUUGCUCAUGGAGCUGAAAAAGAUGGAUGACAAAGCUCUUCUGGUCGAGGUGCAGCUGCUUGAAAGUAAGACGUACCACGGUCUCAGUAACCUGCCCAAGGCCCGCGCAGCCCUCACCUCGGCCAGGACCACCGCCAACGCCAUUUACUGUCCUCCGAAGCUCCAGGCAGCCCUGGACAUGCAGUCAGGGAUCAUCCACGCAGCAGACGAGAAGGACUGGAAGACCGCCUACUCCUACUUCUUUGAGGCCUUCGAGGGCUACGACUCCAUUGACCACCCCAAGGCCGUCACGUCGCUCAAAUACAUGCUGCUGUGUAAGAUCGUCCUCAACCUACCGGAAGAGGUCCAGGGCCUGAUCAGUGGGAAAAUGGGUCUGCGACAUGCCGGCCGAGAGACGGAUGCAAUGAAAAGUGUCGCCCAAGCCUGUAAGAACAGAUCAUUAGCCGACUUUGAAACGGCCCUCACGGAGUACAAAGCGGAGCUGAGGGACGACCCCAUCAUCAGCACUCACCUGGUCAAGCUGUACGACAACCUGCUGGAACAGAACCUCAUCCGGGACAUCGAGCCGUUCUCCAGAGUACAGAUGGAACACAUAUCGGGUCUAAUCAAACUGUCAAAGGCGGAUGUUGAGAGGAAAUUAUCACAGAUGAUUUUGGACGAAAAGUUUCACGGAAUCCUCGACCAGGGCGAAGGCGUCUUGAUCAUAUUCGACGAGCCGCCGGUGGACAAAACGUACGGAGCAGCCUUGGAAACCAUUCAGAACAUGAGCAAAGUCGUGGACUCGCUUUACAACAAAGCCAAGAAGCUCACAUAGAGCCGACCGAUAGCCGUGCGAUGGAGGAUCCGUGUGUGUUUGACCGGCGCGUCACAUUUUAAGAAGGGGAUGAGGGAGAGCAAUGAAAAAAGUCUCACAAACUGCAACGGACAGGAUUUUCCCCAUCCCCCUCCCCCUCUCCCUCAUGGACAAUUUCAUCACUUCUCUUGUUUUUUUUAUUUUAUUUUUCUCCUUUUUUUGAUUUUGCCAUCUCUUCAGGAUUCUGUAAAACACUCAGCGGCCAAACAAGGGCCAUCAGGGAAUAUUGUACAACCACAAUGAAAUAAAAAAAAUAAAGAUUAAAAGGUUUAAGAAAACAUCUAUGUUUAUAUCGGGCUUGCCAAGCCUCGAGCCGACUCCGCUGCCGCAGCCGUUCCUCCUGCUGGUCCACAUCCUGGUUUUUGGAAGGUCGGGACACUUCUUGGGAAACUGAGUUCAUAUUCUGAAGAGCUCCCUCCACAUAACUCUUUUUUCUUUUUCUUCACACCAUAUCAAUGCCAACAGUUACAUCCCCACUGUAUUUCAGAUGUAUUAAACUCACUUUAUUUGUU